AUGCCCACCCGCCUGUCCAAGACCCGCAAGCAUCGCGGACACGUUUCCGCCGGCCACGGACGUGUUGGAAAGCACCGCAAGCACCCGGGAGGUCGUGGUUUGGCCGGUGGACAGCACCACCACCGCACCAACUUUGACAAGUACCACCCUGGCUACUUUGGAAAGGUCGGCAUGCGCCACUUCCACCUCAACAAGGCGGCUCUCUGGCGCCCCGUCAUCAACGUCGACAAGCUCGUCACCCUGAUCCCCCAGGAGCAGCGUGAGGGCCUCAACGCUGAGUCGACCACCGUCCCCGUCGUCGACACCCUCGCCGCCGGCUACGGCAAGGUCCUCGCCAAGGGCCGCCUCCCCUCGUUCCCCGUCAUCGUCAAGGCCCGCUACGUCUCUCGCCGCGCAGAGGAGAAGAUCAAGGCCAACGGUGGUGUCGUCUCGAUCGUUGCAUGA